AAUUUUUAUAAUAUAAUGUUAACAAAUUUCUCGAUCAUAUUUCAAUUUCUAAUUCACAUAAAAACGUUACAAUCAUAUACACGCUGUAUACAAUCUGUAUACGCACGGCACAUACAUACUUAUGUUUGUGCAUAUGAAGAAGAUAACAUUAUACCAUCACCUACAGUGGGAAAUGCUAGUGAAAAUUUAACAGACAACGUAACUAUACAUAUUUAUAAAGAAAGUACUACAGGUGGACACUGGUGUGCUCGAAUCAUAUUCUUUACUGUCUUAACAAUGCUUGUUGGCUUAAUCGGUGUAGUUAUUAUUGAGCACAGAGGUACUACAGACAUUAGUACACCAUUAGAGUCUUCUCGUUGGGCCUUUAUCUUUGAUGGGUGGGUAGAUGAUUCUUUAUCUCUAUCUAAUGAAGAAUCACAUGAUAAUGAAAAUGAAAAAACUAAACAAAUAGAAGAUGAAAGGAGGUAUAAUGAAGACGAUGAAAAGUUAGAAACUACAGAAACUGAAAUUGAAUCUGAAAUUGCAACUGAAACUGAAACUGGAGAAGUUCAGGAUGAUGAAAUGUUGAAUGAAUCUACAGAAGAAGAAGAAGAAGAAAAAGAAGAAGAAGAAGAAGAAGAAGACGAAGUAAAGAAAGAAGAAGAAGAAGAAGAAGAAGAAGAAGAACAAGAAGAAGAAGGAGAAGAGGAAGACCAGGAAACUGCAAUUGAAAAUGAAUCAAACGAAGAAGAAAGUGAAAUUUUUCCAAAUAAAGAAGAUAUCAAUACAGAAUUAAGCCGCGAGAGUAAAUAUGAAAACAGGAAGCACACAGAAGUUACAUUAGAAGAUGAUGAUAUUAGUUCAACGUUUGAUGAUACUAAUGUAUUAGAAGAAAUAUAUGGUAUUAGUACAGAGAAAGACUCGGAUGAAAAAUCUGUUUUAAAUGAAGUAGAUAACCAAUUUGAUAAAAUAUUAGAAAUGCCAAGAAAUGAAGACAUAUUUGAGGCAUUUUUAGACGACAUUCCUGGUGUUAAGGAAAUUAAUGAUGACAAUAUAGAACCUUUAGAAGAGGUAGAAAACACAGAACCAGAAGAAUAUGUUAAUGAUGUAGAUGUAAAGCCAGAAAUAGAAGAAAUAGAAGAAGAAUCUACUAGUGUGGCAAUGAAGUUUGGAGUCGGUGUGGCACUUAUUGUCGCUGCACAUUUUGUCCUUGUGAAACGAUGGAAUAACGGAAAGAAUGAAAAAGAAGUGCAAGAGAAAAGUGGAAAAAUAGAAACAAAGAAAUAUAAGCGCGGAGAAGAAGAGGGUAAAAAGACAGGACAACAGGUUGUUGUGCAAAAAGAUACUGAGUUCGAGAAAGAAGAAGAAAGGGAAGGAGUAGAAGAGGAACAAGAGGAGGGGGAUGAGAGAGAUGUAGAGGAAGGGGUAGGAGAAGAAGAAGGGGAAGAGGAAGGAGAAGUAAUGAACAAACGGAAUCAAGAUGACAUAGAAGAAAAAAAGAAAGGAGUAUUAGGAACACGAGAAGGAAAAGAGGGGAAUCAAAAUAUAAGAUGGAAUGAAAUAAAAAACAAAAAAAAUAAGAGCAAUAAAAAUCAAACGGAUGAAAUAGGAAUUGUGCAAAAGACAAUGUUAAAAGAAGGAGAACGGACAGAAGAAGAAGAGGAUGAAGGAGAAGAAGAAGAAGAAGUAGAAGAAGAAGAAGAAGAAGAAGAAGAAGAAGAAGAAGAAGAAGAAGAAGAAGAGGAGGAGGAGGAGGAGGAGGAAGAGGGAGAAGAGGAAGAGGAAGAAGAAAAGGAUGAAGGAGAAGAAGAAGAGGAGGAAAUCGAAAAUUUUGACGAUACUGAGUUAAUUGCGAAACUUGAAGCUAAAUAUGGAAAAUUACAAACUUUACAAAAUGAUAAUGAAGAAGAUAGCGAGCAUGAAAAAGAAAUAACAAACAACAGUUUAGUAACGUGGAAGCAAAAACAAUAAAUAAUCUACUGAAUUGUACGUAUAUCCAAUGUGAGAAACAUUUUUAGAAUUUAUUGAAAUUGCAGAAUUUAUAUUUCUAUAAGCAAGUUACCAUAUUUAAUAAAUGAAA